CGACAGCUUCUGUGUGUUCUUCACAUCUAGAGCCGUGUUUAAGUGUUUUAUCAGACACACGCACUUCAUAGGUUAUAUACAUAUAUAUAUAUAUACGUAUAUAUAUAUAUGUAUAUAUAAGUGCGUGUCUACAUAUAUUUGGGAUGAAAUGCGUGUGUCUUGGAUUCUUCUUACCCAGGAAUGUUGUCUUUAGCUUUGGAAGAAUAGUCAUGAUAGAGAAAUAGCAGGAAGAAUUCAUAUCAAAACUAACCACGUACGUUUACCUCAAGAGAAAAUAACAAAAACAAAAGACAAACCGAUUCUUCCUCUUCGCACGGACACAAACACACGCAUAUACAAGAAACCUACUGUUAUAUAUAUAUAUAUCAUAUAUAUAUAAUAUAUAUAAUAUAUAUAUAAUAUAUAUAUAUAUACGUGCGCGCGAGCACGCACGUAGCUGUUUUGUUUGGAUUGAAUGACCCUGGUUUCUUUGAUUCCUUUCGUAACUAACGGUUCCAGAGACAAUGUCUGGUGAACAACUGACCAAGAUUACCGGAGAACCGUCUAACUAUGUUAAACUCAACAUCGGUGGUACAUUACAUUACACCACUAUAGGAACUUUAACCAAACACAAUAACAGAUUGCAGUCCAUGUUUUCUGGAAAAACGGAAGUCGUACGAGAUUCUGAUGGUUUUGUUAUCAUUGAACGGAAUGGUAAAUAUUUUGAAACCAUUUUGAACUUUCUGCGAGAUGGUUCAGUGCCAUUGCCAGAAAGCAAAGCAGAACUGACAGAACUAAAUGCUGAAGCUAAAUACUACAUGAUUCAAGAACUACAGAAUAUUAUAGAAACAGCACUGAAGAAGAAGAAAAUCCAGUUGAAAUGUGUCGUUCCUUUAUUGACCUCCGCUGAAGAGGAACAUCUACUGUUCAUCUCUUCCAGAAAACCAGUGAUCAAGCUCAGCUGUAAUAGACACAACAACAAGUAUUCAUACACAACUAAUUCUGAUGAUAACUUUCUGAAGAACCUGGAACUGUUUGAUAAGUUGUCACUUCAGUUUGGUGGCCGACUCUUGCUCAUAAAAGAUGUCUUUGGAACCGCAGAAAUCUGCUGUUGGUAUUUCUAUGGACAUUCUCAGAAAAUUGCAGAAGUCUGCUGCACAUCCAUCGUGUAUGGAACUGAUAAGAAGAACACCAAGGUGGAAUACCCCAAAGCCAGAAUAUUCGAAGAGACUCUCAACGUCCUGUUGUACGAGAACUUUGACAAGGGUCCUGAUGCCGAGUUGAUGAAGGUCACCCGGGGAGGCAUUGCCGCUCUGGGCGGUGGUUACCAUAGUGACGAGGAUCCUGAAGACCGCCUGGAACGAGCAGACAGACUCCGACGAAAAUAAGAUAAUGAGAAAAAAAAAAGAAAAAAGAAACACAAGCACACACACACACACACACACCACCACCAUCACCAUCACCACCA